GGUCCUUCAAGUUCACCGGCGCAUGUUUUCUUUCCCACGCGUUUUCUACUGCCGCUUCUUGCAAGCAGCUUUUGCAGAACAACCAAAAGCGGGUGGCAGGAUUACAUACCAACCUUUCGAUAUUUGGGACGACAAAUAAAUAUGAACCCAAAGGGCAUCACCAGGUUCGUAGAUCUGUAGAAAAACUAGGUGAGAAUGUGGCUGCUGUAGUUGUCCCGGGCCGAUUUUAGGGACCCCCGGUGAUGGCUCUCCCCCCUCCUGCGCCCCAGUUCAUCCUGCGCGGGGCAGGGGCCCCCGUCAACACCCUGCACUUCUGCUGCCAGGCCCCGGGCCCCCCUCUUCUCUUCUCUGGGUCGGGGAAAGGGGCCAUCCACGCGUGGAACCUGACCACCAGGAGAGCGGAGAAGGUUCUGGAAGGCCACGGAGGGGCUUCCGUCAUCUGGCUGGACACGCUCAGCUCCAGAGACACCCUCAUCAGUCAGGGGCGGGACAUGCGGGUGUGUGUGUGGGACCUGAGUGAGGGGAGGAGCAGUGUGACGGACUCGUUCAGCACGGGCAGUGUGGGGUUCUGCCAGAGCUCCCUCCUGCCCCGCCCCAGCCCCUGCCUGCUCGCCCACCCUGGAGCUAACUCAGAGGAGGUGAAGGUGAUGGACAUGUCGAGCAGAACGCAGGUGUGUUCUCUGAAGCCGGAUGUCAAGCGCGGGAUGCUCAUGUGUGCCAAGCUGUGGCAGCCGGAUUCGGGUGGGGGCCCCCUCCUGCUGACGGGGUAUGAGGACGGGUGGCUCUCUCUGUGGGACGUGUCCCAGCGCCGGCCCCUCUCCGGCCUGGCGCCCCACCCCCAGCCCCACCCGCAGCCCGUGAUGUGCCUGGACUUUGACCCCGCGGGGGGCAGGGGCGUCUCGGGGUCCUCGGAGCGAGACCUGGCCUCCUGGGCCCUGGACGGGCAGCGCAGACUCCAGCUCCAGGAUUCGGUCCAGGUGGUGAACGCGGGAUUCUCACAGCUGCGUAUCCGGGAGGACCGGCGGAUCGUGGCGUCGGCCGGGUGGGACCACCGCGUGCGUGUGUUCGGCUGGCGGAGGCUGAAGCCCCUGGCCGUGCUGCAGCACCACGCCGACGUGGCGCUCUGCGUCGCCUUCUCCGACCACCCCCACCCCCCACAGCGAGUGCUCGCCGCCGGCUCCAAGGACCAGAGGAUCAGCGUCUGGUCUGUGUACAGCGACGUCUGAGCGGAGCGGACACCAGGGGGCGCUGUGGCGUGCCGUUAGCGCUGCGUUAGCAUCGCCCGUGGUGCUUUUCCUUCCCUUAAUGACGCCUGGAAGGCAGCAGCUUUUAGGACUAGAAAACUUAAUGGCGACAGAUUAGCGAACUAGCAAACUCAGUAAAAGAUACAGAUCUGUGGUUGGCUGAGAUUAUGUGUACAUACUACUUCGCAGGCAGGUUUUAUUUAGUGUAUUUAUAUCCAAUCUAUCUGCAUCUACGUUACUGAGCUGGUUGAGUUGCUACUAGCUAUUACGUUUUGUAGUUCUAAAAGCUGCUGCCUCCCAGACAGUGAUCUUGGAGCUGCCAUUGAAGUGGACGGGGAACCUCAGACUUUUGAAGGCGAAAUGAAACGUCCCUGAUGGUGUUGUUAAAACUUGUUUAACGAUUGUUACAUCUCAUAUGGGAAAAUAUUGUGAAAGAUUGUGAAAAUAUCUAAUGUGUAAUAAAAUUGUGUACAUUUUAAUAAAUAUUCUCCAAAAACUUCUGGACCAAAACAACCAUUGCAAAACUGCUACACAUAAUGAAACUUAUGAUCACGAAAAAUGUACCUAUUCGGUUUUCUUUGCUUAUUUAAUCACCUUGGGGUUUCUCCAUUAAAUUCAAAGGGCAUGUGCCCUCGAGUAUGUACAGUAGAGGAUCGUUUCCUGUUACUUGCUACAGCUUCUCCGCCUGGCCCCUGGGUAGCCUGGCCCGGGGCAGCCUGUAGCCAAGUGGCUAGGAUACAUGACUAGGACCCGGUGGCUCAAGCCCCGGUGUAGCCAUGAUAAGAUCCGCACAGCUGUUGGGCCCUUGAGCAAGGCCCUUAACACCACAUUGCUCUCCGGGCACUGUACUGUGGCUGCCCAUGUAAUGUAAAGAGGAUACAUUACCCCACGGGGUUCAAUAAACGACAUCUUCUCUCUUCUUCCCUGC